AUGAAUCCUCCGUUGCCAUCUCUGACCUCAACCUGGCACAACGGCUCUUACUCGGCCAUUUCGCCGCUGCGAGCCGAGCUGAGCACUGCCGGCAAGACAAUCAUCAUCACGGGCGCGGGCAGUGGAAUCGGUCGCGCAACCGCCCAGUCGUUUGACAAAGCAGGAGCCAGCAAGAUUGUUCUGAUCGGACGCAAUGAGGCCACGCUCCGAGAAACCCAGGCCACCUUGAAAUGCGACUCAUCCGUCCACGCGGCUGAUGUGACGGAUGAAAAGGCGCUUGCAGCCGUUGCGGCCAGCACUGGGACGUGGGACGUGAUGAUCCUGGCAGCGGGAUACAUCUCCCCGCGGGCGUCAAUCCGGGAUUCGUCUGUGGAUGACUGGUGGCAGAACUUCGAGACUAAUGUUAAGGGCACCAUGAUCGCAUCCAAGGAGUUCCUGCCGACCGCCAAUCCACGUCGUGCAGCAGUCGUCGCUUUUACUGCGGUGGUUGUGUUCCCAGCGGCUCAGCUGGUUAACCUAUCCGGGUAUAUCACAUCCAAAUUGGCCGUGAUCAAACUCAUGGAGUUUCUGGCUGCGGAGAAUCCCAACGUCUUUGCUGCUGCCCUGCAUCCGGGGAUGAUUGAAACUAAAAUCUUCCGUGGGUCUGGCGCCGAUCCCAGUCAACUACCGAUGGACUCAGUGGAGCUUCCCGCCGAUUUCUCGCUUUGGCUAACGAGUUCUGAGGCGGCAUUCUUGAAUGGUCGCUCUGUCUGGGCAAAUUGGGACGUGGAAGAACUCAAGGCUAAGGCGGAUGAAAUCCAGUCGGGACUGCUGUUGACCUCGGGGGUGUACGGCUGGCCAUUCACAUCAUCCUAG